AUGGAAGUACCAGAAGGGGUACUUUUUAGCACUUUUUUUGUAUAUGUUAAGAACCAGAUCAAACCGCCACUUAUUCCUCCUCCAUUACUAGCAGUUCCAGUUACCAUAAUUGCAUCCAGGAAAAACAUCACACUAAGAAGAACUAAGUUUAGAAAUCCAGAAAAAUUGCAGCAUCAUGGCAACAUCUUUGUCGUCAGUUUGUCUGUCGCAGACCUUGUAGUUGCGGUUUAUCCAUAUCCUCUGAUCUUGAGUGCCAUUUUCCAUAAUGGAUGGACCAUGGGAAAUGUUCACUGCCAGAUAAGUGGGUUCCUGAUGGGCUUAAGUGUCAUUGGGUCCAUUUUCAACAUCACGGUGAUCGCAAUCAACCGCUACUGCUACAUCUGCCACAGCCUUCAGUACGAUAAGCUCUUCAACCUGAAGAACACCUGCUGCUAUCUCUGCCUGACCUGGAUACUCACAGUGGUGGCAAUUGUGCCAAACUUCUUCGUUGGCUCCUUGCAGUAUGACCCCCGGAUUUACUCCUGCACCUUUGCCCAGACGGUAAGUACAUCGUACACCAUCACAGUGGUGGUGGUUCACUUCAUCGUCCCACUGUCCAUCGUGACGUUUUGCUACCUACGGAUCUGGAUUUUGGUGAUUCAAGUCAAACACCGGGUGAGACAAGACUGCAAGCAGAAGCUCAGAGCAGCUGACAUCCGGAAUUUCUUGACUAUGUUUGUGGUUUUUGUCCUUUUUGCUGUGUGCUGGGGACCGUUAAACUUUAUUGGCCUUGCUGUUUCGAUUAAUCCUUCAAAAGUACAGCCACACAUUCCGGAAUGGUUUUUUGUCCUGAGCUAUUUUAUGGCCUAUUUUAACAGCUGCCUCAAUGCUGUGAUCUAUGGGCUUCUUAACCAGAAUUUCCGGAAGGAGUACAAAAGGAUACUGCUGACACUCCGGACUCCCAGGUUGCUGUUCCUUGAUGUCUCCAAGGGUGGGACAGAAGGGAUGAAAAGCAAGCCAUCUCCAGCCGUAACAAGCAACAACAACCAAGCUGAAAUACACUUAUGAGUCAGAACAGUACUAUUUAUUCUGGAUUACAGUUGUAUAUAUAAUAUAUAAGAGCCUUUCUAUGUGUGCAUUUCACAGCUGGUGUUGCUGGGCCCCUCAUGCAAGGAAGGAGUCUGCUUCUCAUGCAAGGAAGGAGUCUGCUACCUUUCAUGCUUAGCUUAUUGCUGUGACAUCAAGGCUUUGAAUAAGGAUUUUCAGAAUGGAAAUGACUGAUCUUUAUCCUUUUUUUUUCCCUAU